UAAAUAACACCGUUGAUUAGCACUUCGGUUGAUUCUGGAGGCGCGAGCCCUAAACUUUCGACACUUGUGGUGCCUGUGAAAGCAGCGUCAGCAGUUCAGCUCCAAACAGCGGUAUCUGACCUCAUAAAAGUUUUAACGGUGUUAAUUUAACCCAAAAUGUCCGAAGACUCGUGGGCGCUUUCAGUCGAUAACCAAGAGGCUUCAACACCGGCCAUGCAGAUGGACUUCUCAAAGAAAGUGGAUCGGAUGCGUGGUCUACGUAAACCGCCAACCGACUUAAACAGCAACAUUUGGCUGGAGAAGGAUGAAAGUGAGGACUGGCGAGGCGACACCGACAAAGUGAACCUGGCUGAGCAGUCCCUCUUGAACAAAAUAAUCCGCAGGUCUCUGGUGCGGAACCGAAACCAGGUGGAGGUUUUGCAGAGGGACCCCACCUCUCCCCUGUACUCUGUAAAGACCUUUGAGGAGCUCAGACUCAAACCCGAGCUGCUGAAUGGAGUAUACAGCAUGGGUUUCAACAGACCGUCAAGGAUCCAGGAGAACGCUUUGCCCAUGAUGUUGGCACAGCCACCUCAAAAUCUGAUUGCCCAGUCACAGUCUGGCACAGGGAAAACGGCUGCUUUUUCUCUGGCUGUGCUCAGCCAUGUAAAUCCAGCCAAUAAGUGGACGCAGUGCCUGUGCAUCGCACCCACAUACGAACUCGCUCUGCAGAUCGGUCAAGUAAUUGAGCAAAUGGGGAAAUUUUGUCCAGAUGUGAAACUGUCCUAUGCCAUUCGAGGCAACAGAAUGCAGCGAGGUGUCAAGGUGCAGGAGCAGAUUGUCAUUGGAACACCAGGCACAGUCCUCGACUGGUGCACCAAGCUCAAGGCCAUUGACCCCAAGAAGAUUACAAUGUUUGUGCUGGAUGAGGCUGAUGUGAUGAUUGGCACACAGGGUCAUCGGGACCAGAGCAUUCGUAUCCAUAGACAGUUGUCACAGGACUGUCAGAUGCUCCUUUUCUCUGCAACCUUUGAGGACUCUGUGUGGAGCUUUGCAGAGCAAGUGGUUCCUGACCCCAAUAUCAUCAGGCUGAAGCGUGAAGAGGAGACACUGGACACAAUCAAGCAGUUCUAUGUGCUCUGCAAGGAUAAGGAGGACAAGUUCGUGGCACUCUGUAAUCUAUACGGGAGCCUUACCGUUGCACAGGCCAUGAUCUUCUGCCGUACUCGCAAAAUGGCUGCUUGGCUGUCUGCGCACCUGUCCGUGGAGGGCCACCAGGUGGCGUUGCUGAGUGGGGAAAUGACAGUGGAGCAGAGAGCCACUGUCAUCGAGCGCUUUAGGGAGGGCAAAGAGAAGGUGCUCGUAACCACAAAUGUGUGCUCGAGAGGUAUUGAUGUGGAGCAGGUGUCACUUGUGGUGAACUUUGACAUGCCUGUGGACAUGGAUGGGAACGCUGACAACGAGACAUACCUUCAUCGAAUUGGCCGCACAGGACGCUUUGGCAGGAGAGGAUUUGCAGUAAACAUGGUUGACAGCAAACACAGCAUGGAUAUCAUUCAUCAAAUUGAGAUGCAUUUCAACCGAAGAAUCACCAUACUUGACACAAACAAUCUUGAAGAAAUGGACGAGAAGUUGGGCUGAAUGCUUCGCUGCACUCACUGCUCAUCAAUAAAACAGGUAGACAUGUGACUUUAGUUCUUUCAAGGGUUUGUUUGCGUUUUGUUCACGAGACUGUUGACUAUGCCCAACCUUUUUAACAGCAGUAAUUUGUGCCAAGGUUUCCCUUAGAUUUUAUUUGAUACAGACAACUUUGAUCCUUGAAGUAGGUCUUUAAGCUGCACUUCCCAGAGGAUUUAAACUAACCUCUAGCUGUUAAUGUAGCAUAUAAAUUGUAUAUAGUGAUAAUACUAAAGCUGGUUUGCAGUGUUGUUCAAUAAUCUGGAGUGUAGAAUUUAAUGGGAUAAGAAUGUCUUAUUUAUAGAUGUUUGCAUGGUUUGACCAGGGUUGAGUUCAAAUAUAACAUCCUUGUGUGACUUGAAGUGUGUUAAGGUCUAAAAAUGCAUGUUUCAGCUCAGUAGUUGGUUACCAGUAUCCUCAUUUAAAUGUUGUUAUAACAGACUGAAGUUGUUUCUCAGUUGUGUGUAUAAUAAAAAAUAUAAAGCCUG